ACCGGUAUCAGGUCGGUUUGGGUUUAGACCCGACCUAUUGACUAGCAAUAAUGGUGGACUGGUGGUCUAUGAUAUCCCAAGUCGUCUGGCUUGCCACAGCGACACACUGAUGGAUCAUCUCUGUUAACGAACCGAGUUGCUUCUUACCUGUUCCUUCUCUGCCUUUCUGCUCCCUGGCGCAUUGGGUAUAGUGUUGAAAUAAAUCUGAUGAAGAGUUGGUCCAACUCCCCCUAGAUUCAGAACCAUGAAUCCAGAAAUGACAACUAGCCUAGGGAACCAUCCCUGCCUUUUCUCAAGAAGAGUUCAUGUGCAUUGCUGGAAGGAAAGAAGUGUCAUCGGUUCAUAUUUUAGUUAUCUUGGUCUUUCUUGCAUAGAACAAUGUUCUCCAAGAUGUAAGAAAUUUAUGGGUUGCUGCAAACAAGACGCUAGAAAACCUUGGAAAACUUUUGCUUCUAAAAUGGAUGGUGGUGAUAAGGAUCCAAAUGAAACGGAGGAUGAAGUAGAAGAGGAGAUUUUGCCUGAAAACAGCACUGGAUCUGUGAAUAAUGAUAUAUUAAGAGAAAAGUUUGAGAGAAUUGUUGGCAAUGAUGAUUCUUCGUUCAGUGGAAUUGACCUCGCGACUCUAAUACGCAAUAAAUAUGGUCGUUCCUAUGACAUUCAAUUGAUAAAGAAGGAAUUUAUGGGCAAAAAUCUCCUGGCUCUAAAUGUAAUGUGGAAGUACAUGGAACAGAGGUCCUUUCCACUUACAGAAGAAGAGUACCUGCUUAGGCUAGAUGAUGUAGCUAACACAUUGAAGUGCUGGGGAGCUGUCUCACAUGUCCGAUGUAGUAUUGAAAAGUUGAAAGAGCGGCCUCGGGUGGGCAAGGCUGUAAGCAUUUUUAUAGAUAUGGAUGCAUCUGGGGGUCGCGCAAGCGAAUGGAUAUACAAGUAGAAACUCUGCAAAACUUUGAGAGAAUUAUCAAUGAUGAUGAUAUGUUGAGUGCUAGUUUCAUCACAAAGAACAAACACAUAUUAUCUCAAUGUGUCAUCUUAGGGGGUGGCAUAAUACAACUUGUUCAUGCCUUCUACAUUGUUCUCCUCUUUUCUGAAAUGAAUCUUUCUCCUCCUCUUUGUAAUAUUAUGAUCAUGUACACCUUAUUUUAAACCUCUUGAUAUAUAAAAGGUAAGAAAUAAAA